UGCUCACAUGCUGCCAUAGACAUUACCACCAGGUGGAGAAUCUUUUCUACAGGAAGGAGAGGAAACACUCUGAUAAUGGUAUGUAUGCCUCCUCCUUCUCUACAGUUUGAGCAUGUGCAUGAACAACAGAUCGUUGUUAGGGGGACAGCAGGCAAUAGAUGGUCACACACACACGAACACACACACACACACAGACAUAAUGGUGCAGAAAGUGUAGUUGUGCAUUUGGUCACUAACACACACACUUCAUAUCUGCUGUAGUAAUAGUUCACUACCUUUUCAUUCAUCUAUUUUAUGUAAAGUUUUGUUCAGGAAAUAUGGGCUGCUCCUCAUCCAGUGCAGAGAAUGUCGAUCAAGAAAAAAGACCAGCCACGAAGCCUGAGGAGAGCAAUGGAGAUACAGUGGCUGUUAGAAAUGGCGUCAUUGCAGAAACCAUCCAGGACCAGACACUGUUGCCUGCGUGUGCCUUAGCAGAUGAUCUUCAACUGGAAGCUGAUGAUGGGGAAAAUGCUGUGUUGAUGGCAAUUGAGGCUGAAGAGGAUCUGGGGUCUGGGGAAGAGCUGUUGGCUCUUCCUCAGCCACAACCAGAACCCUUCAACGUUGAAGAGCGGGAUUUGGUUGCUGGAAUAGAAGAAGAAGAAGCCGCCACUGUCGUGGAAGAGGAACAUGUGAUGGUCGAAUCUCUUUGUGAGGCGUCAGUGGAGAUUCCUGCCGUGGAAGGUGUUGACAUGGAGCAGGCUGUAGAAGAUGUUAAAGAGAUGAAGGCUGGGGUCCAUGCUGAAACAGGAAAGACAGAUGCUCCUGAAAUAGAAUCUGUUGAAGAAGAGCUAAAGUCUCAGGUAGAAGUUGUUGAACCAGUGCAGGCUGUAGAGCAGACUAUCCCAAGUGAGACCUCUCCUGAGGAGCCUCCUGUCAAACCUGUGGUGCCAGUCACACAGGAGUCAGUAAUUGAUGUCCCUGCUGAUAAGCCUUCUCCUUUUGACGUGUCCAUGGAUAGUUCUCUACAACUUCCAACCUCAGAAAUACCAGUUGGAACUCCUGUUUCACAUGAGGUGGCACCCAGUAAAACAAUACCAAGUGAAGCUUCUACCACUGAAUCCUCAGCUCCCAGUGAAUCGGUGGAAGCUGUAAUACAUACAGGGAUCGCAGUGGCAUCCAUUCCAGAGAUGCCUCCUUCAUUUGAAGUGACAGAUGAUACAAAAGCAGAGCAACAACAUGGGAAUGAAGAGCACAACAAAGCUCUUAUGAUGCCCUCAGAAAAUUCCACACAAGCAGAAACCACCAAUGCUACCUUUGAUCAGAGGCCUGCAGCAGUAGCUGAAAAAACAGACUUGAAAGUCCUGGUAUCUUCACCAUUGCUUUCAGAAACCAAAACAAAGGACAUUUUAAAAGAUGAACCAACUUCUGAAACAUCUCCAUGUUCAGGGCAGAGCGAUGCUGCCGUAGAGGUUCCUGCACCUGAGCCUACACAAACAGACUCUGAAGCCACUUUGGCACCAGUUGCUGCUGGUCAAGUCUGCAAAUCGUUGUCAGAAGGCAAAGGACCUUCUCCAGAAUAGCGACAUUCCGAAGGUACAUGCAAACUGGAGGGAAGAAGAUGAAAGCACAUAAAUGUAACACUAUCAGUAUUGUCUGACCAGACAAGAUAGUUUAAUACAAGUUCAGCCGUAACUUGUCACUUAUAGUUCAGGUUCAAAUUAUAGGGACAUUCCCAGAUAAAUUCUAACUUUUGCGCCAAAUUCCUGCUUUUAAAAACCUUCGAGGGUCAAUGAAAAAGAAUGACUAUGAUGAAAAUAAAACUAAUACAAUUAAUGUUAUGAUGAAACACGAACUGCACAUUUUUGAAAAGUUCCCUUUCCGUAUAUGUAUCAUCACAAAGUGCUAUGAAAAGUAUACCAGCUCACAUGAACAAGUGCCAAUAACCUGUUUAUGUUUUACUAUGAAAAAGUUUACGUUUGUCUUUUUUCAGAGGUCUAAGCUGUCUGAAACGUUUGUUUACAGUGUGUGCGUGUGUGUGUAAUAUUUCUAACAUCUGAUAUGGUUCAUUUACGUAAUAGGAUGUGAAGUGUCAUGUUUAAAUUAACAGAGCCAUUAACAACCAGGCUGAGCAUAUGAUAUCCAAAAUACUGAAGCGAGGACUGCAAGGAAGGUACCAGAGUAUGUACAUAAAGUCAUUCCUCUCACCUUUUAAUGAUGGGAGAAUGCCAACAAAAUGUCAACGCUGACAAUGCUAAUAUCUAACAUGCUAACAUCUAGCAGGUCACAGGUAUAACAAUACCGUAUUUGUGUGAUCUUUUGUAUGUAAACAUGCUUUUUUUAAAUAAAGAUAUCAAAAACUGCAUCCAGUCUAAACUACUCUGACACUGAUUGGUUACCAGAAAAAAAACACCUUUUAUAAGCUCCUAAAAGUGGGGCGUAGCCUACAUGGUCCGACCAGAAAGAGGAAAAUCUGGCUUAAAACAUUUGUAUGCAUGUACAACACUUAAAACCUUCAGUAUAUAUUAAAUUAUGGAAAUGAUUAAGCAAAGAAGUCAGACAAUGGACUAAAACUGCACAAACUCAAAAGUAGGGAUGUCCAAUAAUGGCUUUUUUGCAGAUAUCCGAUAUUCCGAUAUUGUCCAACUCUUAAUUACCGAUACCGAUAUCAACCGAUACCUAUAUAUACAGUCGUGGAAUUACCACAUUAUUAUGCCUAAUUUGGACAACCAGGUAUGGUGAAGAUAAGGUCCUUUUUUAAAAAAUUAAUAAAAUAAAAUAAGAUAAAUAAAUUAAAAACAUUUUCUUGAAUACAAAAUAAAGUAAAACAAUAUAAAAACAGUUGCAUAGAAACUAGUAAUUAAUGAAAAUGAGUAAAAUUAACUGUUAAAGGUUAGUACUAUUAGUGGACCAGCAGCACGCACAAUCAUGUGUGCUUACGGACUGUAUUGUUCUAUAUUGAUAUAUAAUGUAGGAACCAGAAUAUUAAUAACAGAAAGAAACAACCCUUUUGUGUGAAUGAGUGUAAAUGGGGGAGGGAGGUUUUUUGGGUUGGUGCA